AUGACAUCCCGUUGUGCUUCUUGUCUUCGUGGUGGUGACGUAGAAAAGCCAACUCAUUGGUGUAGUGACUGUUCGGAACCUCUCUGUGGUGAUUGUUACAGAUAUCAUACGAAAUCGAAGGUAUCAACAAAACAUAAAAUUAUUACGAUUGCUAAUGUGUCGGAUCUCAGUCCAGCAGUCUUAAAUCUGUCGUAUAAAUGUAAAAUUCAUCCUGACCAAUCGCUUGCUUUCUUCUGUCCGUCACAUGAUAUGAUGUGCUGUGUGUCCUGUAUACCACAAAACCACAAACAAUGCGAUCAACUUAUAACACUAGAUAAUGAGGCAGAAAAUGUCAAAAGAAGCAAAUUCUUACAAGCACUAGAGACGAGAAUACAGGAUACAAAACUGAAAUUGACAGAAUUCGUGAAAAAGAAGAACGAAAAUGUUUCAGUCUUAAAUGAUCAAAAGGACAAAAUACAAAAAGAAAUUGGAUACAUUCGGAAGAGUAUAAGCGAUCAUUUCGAUAAGAUUGAAAAUCAACUGUAUAAUGCCUUAACAAGAGCACACGAUUUAUGCCAUCGAACUUUGGAAGAAGGAAUCGAGCAGAUCCAAGAAAGACUUAACAAAAUGGAUGUAUGGCAUAAAGAUAUAGCCACACUCAAAGAAAACGCUUCAGAUGUUCACAUAUUUACUGUUGUAAAAACUAUCCAACCUCUUCAAAAUAAACAAGAGGCGUACUUAAACACAUUGCAGGAUGAAUACAGUAAGCUGAACAUUGAAUUCAUUGGAGAGGAAGCGUGGCGCCAUCUCAUUGCCGAUGUUCCCUCUUUCGGAGAAAUUUCUGUUACAGAGUCGAACCCUGCGAAAGGCAAGGAUUAUCUGCACUUCAAACGCAAUAAUAUAUCAACAACUCUUAGCGAACAACUCAUCAAAGCACCGGAGAAUAGAAAAUACAACUUUGUAACAGCUAAACUCGACAAAGGAACAAAAAUUAGAAGCGGGUGCUUUUUAGCAGACAAUAGACUCCUUCUGGCAAGUUUUAAUGACACGUGCGUUUACGUUUGCAACAAAGAUGGCGACAAAAAGAAGAAAAUACCGCUACAUUUUAAACUGUCUGAUCUUAGUUUUUUUGAUAAGACACAUGUGAUAAUUGGUACAGGUUCAAGCAUAAGAACUUUCAAAACCAGUACUUUAAGUCUUGGUGAAUGUAUUUCGGAUUCUUUAAGGAAUGAUGUUAUAUCAUCUGCAAAUAAUCAAAUAGCCAUUAGAUCACCUUCAGGUACCAUUUCAGUUUUGGACGUAACAGGAAAAUUAUUACGAGAACUUAAAGUACGUUCUUACGGGUAUAUCACAAUAGACAGGUUUGGUCGUGUUUAUUAUACAAACAACGCAAAGAACGAGGUGCACUGUUUUUACCCCAAUGGUUCCCAUAGCUGUAUUUACCGACACGAAAGACUGAAAGAUCCCUCUGGAAUGACCACUGACGACGCCGGUAAUGUCUACGUAGCUGGACAUCUGUCUCACAAUAUUCAUAAAAUUUCGGGACAAGGGAAGAAACAUGAAAUUAUUCUUUCUUAUAAAGAUGGUAUUAUUCAUCCACAACGUAUAGCAUUUCAAGACAAAUCGAAAGAACUCUUAGUUAUUAACAAUGAAUGGAGAUCUGUUGAAAUAUACCAAUUACAAUAA